AUCCCCUCCCUCCCCAGUAUCAGCAGUCCUGAUAGACUUACAUGUGUGUUUGGUGACUAUUGCAGUCAGGUAACAAUGGAAAACUCAGGGUUCAUCUGUGAUCUCCCGAUCUCUGAGUACAUACCACCCAUACCAGAGACAGAAGAUUUUGUGGCAGUGCCAGUGAUGAUCAUGAUGAAUGAUGGCAUUGAAGUGGCAUUUGGUGCAUUUGAGUUUUACAACUGUGCAGCCGUGGUGAAGAGAUCGGAGAAUACACCAUGCAUUGCAUGUGUGACCAGUAAGUGGGGCUGCCAAUGGAAUAUUCAGGAUCACACAUGCAGUGAUAAAGAUGACACUGUCAAGGGUGAUCAUAUCAUUCAACACAUGCAGAAUGACAGGUGUCCUCAGUUUGAGAUCCCAGAACCCCUGCUUAUUCCUGUUGGAAUUAAAACCCCCAUCCAAUUUCAGGGCACAAAUCUGGAUAAAUAUUUGGGGAAAACCUUUCAGAUUGGCACUGAGCUCAUGAAACAGGUGGGCGAGGUGACUGUUGAGGCUGAUGGGUCAAAGUACAGAUUUGAGGGAUUUGAGUUUGAAUAUGACAAGGAGCCAGAGGUGAAUGUGACGUUCUACAUAAAGGAUAAAAUCACGGACAGGAAGAUUGACAGCACCCUCAGAGUGGUGCUCUACAACUGUUCAGUUAGAUGUGAGGACUGCAGUCUGUGUAAGAACGCUGAUCAGAAGUAUAACUGCGUUUGGUGCGACACCACAAAAUCCUGCAUCUACAGAGACCUGUGCAACCAGGAGCUGAAGCAGUGUCCUCCUCCAAAGAUCACUGACUUUGUUCCCCAGGAAGGGCCAGUGAAGGGACAGAUCUCUGGCACAACAAAAACCUCUAACUUGGGCAUCAAGCAGGAGGACAUUAAGAGAAUCGCCUUAGCUGGAGUGCCAUGUACUCACCAGCCAAAAAGAUACUCAUUCUCUAGGUACUGCAUGAGAGCUGAAGGAUUUAAGGAUUCUUUGUAG